AUUAGUUUUAAAUUGGUACUCCAGAGAGAAUGCCGUACGAAAGCACAGUGUUGGGCUUAGUACUGCUGGUGGGUUUCGUGGCAGCUCAGUAUGAUUACGAUACAACCGAAAGUUCAUACCCUAACUACCCCAGCUAUCCAGAUUAUGGAACCUCGGAGCAACCUACGGAUUAUGGUGGCACCGAUUACGGUGCCACAGAUUAUGGCGCCACAGAUUACGGCUAUACCGACUACGGCGUCACAACGAAUCCCACUAUAACAACAAGCGGAGGCAUCGAUCCUGGACUGUAUCCCGAUUAUGGUGAUUACGGGGUAAUAACUCAAACUCCAGUGGUAACCAAACCAACAACGAUACCGGGGCCGUGUAACCGUUUUCCGAAAACUAUCAUCAACUGGUAUAUCAUACAGCGGCCCACACCCGCAACGAUUAGACGCCGAAUUGCACCGAUCAGGCGUCAGCGUAUCUUCACUGAGUAUAGGUUUCCCUGGAGCAGAGUUUAUGGAGUUCCGCAGUACCGUGCCCGGCCACGUGUUGCUCCUGUCACAGUACGCAAGCAACAAACUGGCAAAUAUAGAACUUAUCGGAAAGGUGCUGUAUCCAAAAUAAUGCGAUAUUAUUGGUAA